AUGAGAGCACUUAGGCUCAUUCGGCGCUUUAGCGAUAAGCUUCCUGUGCCUAAAACUUUUGAAGAAGAAGAGUUGGCUGCUAAAGAAAAAAUCUAUGCAGAGAGAAUAGAAGAUGAAAAACUGAAUUGAGAAAUUAUUUUUCCCAGUGUCCCAAAAGAAAAUUCCCUUAGACCAGAAUAUAAAGACGAUCUCCCUAGUCUCUUUGGAAAAUCAGACGAAGAGGACACAACUGCAUUUUUCCUUGAAGAUACAAAAGAAGUCCAGUACAUUUACUCUCCUGGCAAAGCUCUUGAAUUUGACGAAAAUGGCCUUGCUCUCAUAUUUGAUAGCUCAUCACGAUUUUAUUGACCUGAAAAACUGAAAUAUGGCUGAAGAGUUUCCGUUUUGGCAUUAUUUGGAUUAGGCAUAGCCAUCCAGCCUUUUGCAUAUUCAAAUAUUCACAUAUUUUUAGGUUUAUCACUGCCUUUUAUAGCUCUCAGCCGAUGUUUAAUAGUUGACAAAAUUUUCCUUACUAAAGAUGGAAAACAAAUUAAAGUGAAUUAUAGGAGAUUUAAGUUCUUACCAAGAACGAAAACCAUAGACAUCAGCUCGUUCAAAGAGCCAAAAGGAGAUGCAUUUAUUAUUUGGGAUGUGUAUGAAUUUCCUGAUGAUCUUAAAACAUAUAACGAAACAAGCUCAAUGGAAAGAAUUGCAUUUGCGAAGUAUAUAAGCUGAUGGUCAUUUUUAAUGCUCCCUAAGAAGCCUAAGUAUGUUAACAGAGAGGUUCUUAUUAACGCAUUGAAUGGGAUUUUCAUUGACCCGCAACAGCAAGGAAAAGAAGAGAUCGAGCAGAGGUAUUUUGUUUUGUAUAAGAAAAAUGAAAAUAAGGCAUAG